AUGACUAGUAACACCCCCGCUAGUUCAUCCUGCCGCUUCUCAACCCGCAUCUCGCUACGAUGGCUCCCCGAAGAAGCACACGAAACCACCGACACGAUUACCAUGUCCGUGAAGGACUGGUAUCUAGACCUGCGAAUGGACAAAGCAAGCAAGCAAAUCGACUGGGCCAUCGCCGGCCAGAGAAUUGUCGAGAGUCUUGAACCACUGCGCGUGUCCUUCACCCACGAGCUGGACUCCCACAAUGCCUUUGAAAGCACCGACUGCGGUACAUUCGUCUCGCUACCGAACGGCAACGACCUCGAGACUGGUACUAUGCCUCGCCCCGAUCUCGUCGGGACCCCUCUCACCGAGUAUGAGGAGGUAUGGCGGGAACUGCCGUUCAGAGAGGGUCCCGAGGGGGUUGGAAGAGGGGUCUCAUGGGUUUUGGAGUCAAUCGAUGAUUAUCCCGAGGAUGCAGAGGGAGAGAUCCUGGUCUCGAAAACGUUUCUGGGCAGGAUAUGGGGCACUUUUCUUGCGCUGCGCCAGACUCAAACUCAUACGCGGCAGAGGACUCCAUCUGGGGACUGGAUUGUGCGCACGACUGGGGGAGAUGUUCGUGCUAGGAGGGAGGAGUGGAAUGGGGGUUGGUCGGAUGUGUAUGUCGUGGGUGAGGUUGGGGAUCGUUUGCCUUCUAUGGUGAGUGGGUUGGAUGGUGAGGGAGUGGGGGAUUGGAGGGUGCCAGGGCAGAAAGUGGAGAUUAAUGGGCAGGUGUAUGUUGUUCGAGCAUUCGAGGAAAUCCGAUGA